CAUAUAUCAGGUUUCAAUACAGCUGAAGAACGUUCUGAUAUGGGAUGAACCUGAGAAUUGGUGAUGCGGUAUUAUCUGUUACUUGUAUGCUGUUUGGCAUCUUUCAUCCAUUGUCACUAUCAUAUCAACGACCAGGACGUUCAUCGAGGAAAUGAAAAAGAUGCAAACCUGAAGCUCCAGAAAGUCGUACAAAUAACUGAAAACCCUAGGCCAACGCAACUGUUAAAAUAUAUACAGAACACAAAGAAAAGCUCAUCAGAAACAUAUGCAAGUAGAUUACGAUACCAGAGCCACGGUCAAUCAGCGAUUCCGAACAUAUCUCUGUCUCUUACGGCGGGAAAUUAUUACAUGAAAUUCAAAAAUGUCCCCAUGAAUCCUCUGAUGAUAAGAAGAGCGCCAAUUGCUACGAUAGGAGAACCUUGGCCAUUACCACAGAAAUAUGAAGUCAAUGAAAAUAUUGUGUUUAGAAUUUCCGAACCGUUGAAUAUAAAAAUCAGGAAUAAUACUUGUGACGUAUUAGAAAGUGCUGUUAAAAGAUUUGAAGACACUGUGUUUAGGUUUGCCUUAGAGGAAUACUAUACAAACUUAGUGCAUAUUGAAGGAUCGGGUUUCGAAAGCUUAGACAAAAAAUAUCAGCAUUCAAAAUAUACCAAACCUGUUAAUCUCACAACAUUUCAUAUAUAUGUGAAUUCUGAGUGUUCAAAGUAUCCAAAGCUUGAGUCAGACGAAUCUUACAGCUUGCUGAUAAAGAACUUUGGAAUAGUGCUUAUGAGUGAUGAAGUAUGGGGUGCACUUAGGGGGCUAGAAACGCUCAGUCAAGUUAUAUUUACCUGGAAAGAUCAGUAUUUUGUUCGUGAUACACUGAUACGAGAUUUUCCUCGUUUUAAACAUAGAGGUGUUCUUGUUGAUUCUGCCAGACAUUUUAUGACAAAAGACGUAAUAUAUAAUGUUUUAGAUGGAAUGUUCCAGAACAAAAUGAACGUGCUGCACUGGCACUUAGUUGAUGAUCAGUCCUUUCCUUACCAGAGUAAAAUAUUCCCAGAUCUAAGUGGUAAGGGAGCUCAGCAUCCAUUACUCACAUAUAACCACGAAGACAUUGCAGACAUCGUAGAGUAUGCUCGACUACGUGGUGUAAGAGUUAUACCAGAAUUUGACACACCAGGUCACGUGUAUUCCUGGGGAUUCGGAUAUCCAGACAUUUUAACACAGUGUUACACUAACUCUAGAAAAGUACAAGGAUAUUACGGUCCCCUGAAUCCUGCAAGGAAUUCUACGUUUGCUUUUCUAAAGAAACUUUUUACAGAAGUUAUGGAUGUUUUUCCAGAGAAAGUUUUACAUCUUGGUGGAGAUGAAGUGCCCCUUGAGUGUUGGGUAACGAAUCCAGAAGUUUCAGCAUUGUUAAACAGGUUAAAUAGAAUUACAACGCCAUCGUAUGGUGACGUCAUGAAACCUGUCUGGGAAUGGUACACAAACAGAUUUAUAAAUAUUUUGAAGGACAUAAGACAGUCAAGGAAUGAAGCUGGUCAGUAUAUUCUUUGGGAAGAAGCUUCGAAAAACAACUUAAAUAUAGCGAAAGAUGCAAUAAUUCAAAUCUGGUUAGGAGGAGGCAGGGAAAUUCUCAAAGCCCUAGAUCAAGGAUAUCGUGUUCUGUUUUCAUCUUGUUGGUAUUUAGAUCACUCAAAAUACGGCAUCCAUUGGACAGAUUAUUAUCUCUGUGACCCAACGCAUCAUAAUAUAAAGUACCAACCCUCACUUAUAAAUGAUCUCAAAAGAAGAGAAGACAAGAUACUAGGUGGAGAAGUUUGUUUGUGGAGUGAAUAUAUAACCAGCGAGUCUCUUAUGUCAGUAAUGUGGCCAAGAGCAUCUGCUGCUGCAGAACGAUUAUGGAGUAGUUCCUCAGUUGUAAGUAUACAAUCAGCUGGUAGACGUCUACAGGAGCAUCGGUGUAGAAUGCUGAGACGGGGACUACAAGUUGGCCAUAUAAAUGGACCAGACUAUUGUCUGUUACCUAAACAUAGAAACGAUUUUAAGAAUAAGAAUAUUAAAAAACGAAGUGCAGACAAAAUGGAGGAAAUGAAUCUCCAAUAUCGUACUAGUCUUGUUUUUAAGAAAAUUAAUAAUUUAGAGCCAUUUCUAAUAGGACUAGUAUUUAGUAUAAGUGGUGCCUUAUUUAUUUUACUUUUAACUUGUUUAAAAUUUAAAUCAAGAGUUUUUGUAAUCUGCUGGACAUUUAAAUAA